AUGGCAGAGAGUUCGGCUACAGCCACUGCUGAGCCCUCAUCGGCUGUUUCGCAAAGUGGCGCAGAACCUCAUCAGAUGGGCACUAGUGCUCAAGCACCGCCAACACUAUUAAUUACGCGCUCAAAGAGCAUCGUUAACACCAAAGAAUCCAACACUGUUCCGGUAUCCGAAGAUUCAUUCAUUGAUGAUCUUCGUGCGGUUCGGCGCAUCGUCGCUGAGGACAGUAAAUACAAUCUCGAGAAUGUAAAAUCACUUGUGGAGUUGGACCCCUUUUGGAAACGUUGUUGUCUCAGUCGAUGGCCAGUGGUGGACGUGAUCAAACACGGCAACUCCUGGAAGCGGGCUUUUUUUGAAAAGCGUCUGGAGGAAAUGAUCCAACAGUACAUCCCAGGCGAGACCUACCCUGUGUGGAUUGAAGAGGCCCUGGAAUUCGCAGCUCCUUUUGUGAAGCGGCUUGACAUUAAGGAAAUGUUGCCACCCGUACGGAAGAGACCAAAGAAGAAGUCACACAAGGAAGAUGAGGAAGAAGACUCAGACAAUGACAGCGAAUCAGCAGAUCUAAAACCCUCCAUCCAGGCAGAUCAUCUCGACCUGGGAUUUGUGAUCGCGAAACUUAAAUUUAUGGAACACCUGGGAGUUCAAUACCGGGUGCGGAACUGUGGCCUAAACUUCGAAUGGUCUCAAUUCCAGUUUACCGGAAGAGACUGUUUGAGCUUCUCUAAAGCCAUCAAAGCGCACGAAUCGCUUGUCGUCCUUGAACUCGUAAAGUAA